UGGGCAGGAUGGUGGCCAGGAGCCUCAUGAUCUCAUCUUUUUCCGCUUCACAGGGAUUGGUGGCUGUGCCUGGGACAGAGUUUAAAUUCCCUGAGGCUGGAGAUGUCAGGCACUCAGGGGAAAAGGGGAGAAAGCCAGAGCUACUCAGAGCCAACUGGCUGGAGCUUCUGCUGGGAUCACUAAAAGAGCUCUUGUCGCAGCUGACUUCUCCAGCACCAGAAAGGAAAACAUCACAAUGAAGGUGGCAGUUCUGUGUUUAUGCCUUAUCAGCAUUGUCACUGCAUGGCCAGUGAAUAAAUCCAAGAAGCAUGCCAUUUCUGCCAGUUCUGAAGAAAAAUAUGACCUCAAGGGCCAUUCAUCACACAGACACUACCACCACCAUGUGAAUUCUCAAUCUUGGGAGAGUCUGCAGCACCCACAGAAUGACCUGGCAUCACCUCAGCAGACUCUUUACUCUUCAGAAGAAAGCGUGGAUGUCCCAGAACAACCACACUUUCCUGAUGUGUCAAGCAAGAGCCAUGAAGAUGUGGAUGACGAUGACAAUGAUUCCAAUGACACAGAUGAGUCUGAUGAGGUCGUCACAGGUUUUCCCACAGACAUUCCAGUAACUGUACCCUUCCAUCCUUUCACCCGGGGAGACAAUGCUGGCAGAGGUGACAGCGUGGCCCACAGGGUGAGGGCAAAACCCAUAGUGAUGAAGGCUAGCAAGCUCCACAAACCUGCAAAAAAGCUCACUGUGCAUGACGCCACCGAGGAGAACAACAGCGCCCUGGAUGCAGACAGCCAGCAAGGACUCUCCCAGGAGGAUUCUGCUUCUGACCGCUCCCUGGGGACGCACACCAUCAUCGGGGAAUGGGCUGACAAGAGCCGCGAGCAGGACAGCAGCGAGCUGGACAGCAAGCUGCAUGACCGGAGUGUGGAAAAUGACAGUCGACAGAAAUUUGACAGCCACAAGACAGAAGGAGAUGAUAACAGCAAGGCUGGUAUCAGAGCGGACAGCCACCACAGCAUGGAAAGCAGGGAGAGCCAGGUCCAUGUUUCAGCUGAGAUCCCUGAUGAUAACAGCAAUCAAACAGUGGAAAGCGCUGAGGAUGCUCGAGGUCAGCACAGCAUUGAAAAUAAUGAAGUCACCCUCUAAAGGGAGACAAUUUAAUUUUUCCCUUCUCCACGUCCUGCCCAAGGAGGGGAAGGGGGGGAGAAGUCACUUCAUUUUGGGUAAUUGUAAAUGUACAGUGCGUGGUCAUUUUGGGGUUUGGGGUGGCCUCUCCCCAGCUACCAGCAGCACCAGCCCCCGGGAUGCAGGCUGGGAAGCUGCAGGGAAGUGAGAGAAACGCUGCUGGACGCACAGAGUGAGUGUUUGCUCUCUGGCACUGCUGCUUUCUGUACUGCCAGCCUGUAUUUUCCUGUAACUGGAUUUAAAUAAAAACACAUUCCCCUGAACCUCCAGGC